GAGCACCGUCGUCUCGGUCGCCGGAAGUCUGCAUGAAGCUGCGUCUCCAACAGAGGCAACGGCGUUCGACGUUUUUUUCUAUCUUGUUUUUUUUUUUUUUUUUUUAUUCGAGACUUUUUUUUCUCUUUUUUUAUUUUCUCUCGGCGAGAUGAGCAGGGAGUGAGGAAUGGAGGCGCAGGGAGCGAGGAUGUUUGUGUUUGCUAAGCGGAAAAGCUGGUUAAGCAAUAUGAACAUACAGGCCUUGUAGCUUGAGUGAACAAGCCAGCGAACAAAAGGAGAAAAUUAAUGGAGAAAUAAUGGACGAUUCCCAUUUCAACUCGUCAUACUUUUGGUCUCCCGUCCCCACAGUACAAGGACAGAUCGAGAACGCCAUGUUCCUGAACAAAGCAAAAGAUCAGCUGGGUCCAGACAAGACCAAUGCGCCCCCCUUCCCUCACUCUUCUGCUUCUUCCACCUCGUCCCCUCACUACCCCACAGCUGUGCUCGCCAUCCCGAGCUCAGUGGAUCCAGGGGCUGGGGUGAGAGUGGUCCCCAAACAGGAAGGAGGAGGGGCUUCAACAGGAGGAAGUGGUGGAAGUAAUAGUAACACACCUUUGAGUGGAGUUGGAGGCCACCUGCACCAGUCCCACACCUCCCAGAACGUCACCGUUGUGCCUGUUCCUUCUACGGGUAUCAUGACUGCAGCGGGGUUAGUGAUCACCACCCCACAAGGCACGCUGGUCCCCACAGCCUCCACGCAGUCCUUUGUAGCUGGACCCCACAAUGCUACCACCAUGAUAGUGUCUGCAGUGCACCCCUCAAACACAGAUAAGAAGGAGGACAUUGCUGUUCCUCCUGCCGUUGUCAUGCCGACUCCAUCAAAGCGAGGCAGGAAGAGCAAACAGAUGAUGAGCAGAGUGAGUGGCGUCCUUCCUCCAGGAAGUGAUGCUUUAAUUUUGGCACAUCUUGCAGCUGGUGGACAGCACCACAGUUCAGACCCAUACGAUUUGUCAAAUGAUGAGGAUGAUCACACUGGCAAAGAUGGCCCCAAAUCCUACAGGUGUCGGAUGUGUGCAGUGACGUUCUUCAGCAAGUCAGACAUGCAGAUCCACGCCAAGUCCCACACCGAGGCCAAGCCCCACAAGUGCCCCCACUGCUCCAAGUCAUUUGCCAACUCCAGCUACUUAUCCCAACACAUCCGCAUCCACAGCGGGGCCAAGCCCUACACCUGCACCUACUGCCAGAAAACUUUCAGGCAGCUCAGUCACCUACAGCAGCACACACGAAACCACACUGAGGCCAAGCCCCACAAGUGCCCCCACUGCUCCAAGUCGUUUGCCAACUCCAGCUACCUGUCCCAGCACAUCCGCAUCCACACCGGGGCCAAGCCCUACACCUGCUCCUACUGCCAGAAAACAUUCAGGCAGCUCAGUCACCUACAGCAGCACACACGAAUUCACACUGGUGACCGACCCUACAAGUGUAAUCAUCCUGGUUGUGAAAAGGCUUUCACUCAAUUGUCAAACCUACAGUCUCACCGCCGGCAGCACAACAAAGACAAGCCCUACAAAUGUCACAACUGCAACCGUGGCUACACGGACUCUGCCAGCCUGGAGGUGCACCUGUCCACACACACCGUCAAACACGCCAAGCUGUACUCCUGCGGCCUCUGUCACAGAUCCUACACAUCGGAGACAUAUUUAAUGAAACACAUGAGGAAGCAUAACCCUGACCCGUUAACGGUGGCUGCAACUGUAGCUGCCCAGCAGGCCCAGGGUCUUACCCCAGGUACAGGAGGAGGCCGGGGCCGAGGCCGUGGUCGAGGCAGAGGAGGGGGUGGGAGAGGAAGCCAGCUGCAAAACCAGAAUAACCCAAACACCAACCAGAGCCCUAAUCCCGGACCCCCAGGCAGCUACCAGCAGAACCAGCAACCCUCAGAGGCCGUGGUUUCUUGUCCGUUUGAUCUACACCAGUACAAAACGGUGUCGGCAAGUGAGAUCCAGUACAAACCAGUCACUGUGGGCGACCUAUCGGUGACCCAUAAAGACCUUUGCCUAACCGUGUCCACGUCUGCCAUACAGGUGGAGCACAUGAACUCAUAGGCUGCGUCCUCCCGCUCUGUUUGUGGGGUUACUAAUGCCUGCAGUGUAAAAAGCUCCAUACGAACUGUUCAUUCAUUAUUAUGGUCUUCUUUAACAAUCAAAAGAAAACUGGCGAACGGGAGAAACUGUUUCCAUCCUCAUCAGUCAUCUGGUUUUGACACUGGAUUUCACAGUGUUGUGUUCAUACUCUCUUUUAAGCAGCUCUCGUGGACAUUGUGAAAAGGGAUCGAUCUAUUGUAUUGCAAUACAAUCAAAAGAUAAAAGUCAAAUUAAUCAAUUUCUGAAGCUUAAGUGUUGGGCACAUUUGCUUGUUUGUUAGAUUCAAAAUGCUUCAGUGAGCAGAAUUCACCUCCCUGGUUCCUCUCAGUAGAAGUUCUGGUUAAAGGUGGUGCCUCAUUGGGCUGCGACUGUUGGAGACUUGUAGUGCCUGAAAAUUGUGAGAAAAUGUGCAAAUUACACGUUGCAGCCCGACUGAAUUGUGUUUUUGCAAGAAGUGACCAGAGGCAGCGUUUGGAAAUUAAGG